CAGAGCUACAUUCAGUGCUGGUCAGAGCAGAGUGUAUCAUAUGCAUUCAAACUGAGGAGAACCACCUCCAAACCAACUCUUAAAAUCUCUGAAAGCCCUUGUCAGCUUCCUGCAUUUCACUGUUCAGAGCUGCGAGGAGCUGAUUUAACGUUCAGAGAGGUGAAAAAGAGAUAUUAGAGGAAAAGAGAGGGUGUGUCAGAGAGCCAGAUCAGCAGGCAAGCUGCUGCUGCAGGUGGAGGAAGAGCAGGCUAUGCACCAGCCAAAGCCAGAGGUCAAGAAGAAAAGAGAAAGAGUAGUAAAAAGGUAGACUCUGACAGAGAGGAGGGUCAUUCGUGAUCUGAAACAGAAUCCCAGCCUCUCUUUGUUGCUCUAAGGUGCCACAGAGCGGAGAGGACGAUGUGAAGGAGAGCAGGAGGGAGGCAGCUGUGAGAAAGACAAGAAAUGCUCUCAGAGAUCAUGUGCAGGAGGAUCUUCCAGCAGCAGAGGCAGCAGGACGAGAAGGAGGCUCAGCUGAGGGAGGCCAGCAUCCGCAGGAAGCACGGCUGGUCCAAGAGCUGCAGCGGGCAUCUCCAGGGGCGGAGGACAGGGGGGGGAGGGUGGCUAAGGGCACGCAAUGCCCACCAGCACCUUCAACGUCAUCACGUUUAUCUUCCCCAACGCCCCCACAGACCGCUGGUGUCCCUGCGUCCAGUUAACAUCAAAGGGAACCGGGCCAGGGGGAUGCGGGCCCCCCAAAACACCAACCAGUUUUUGAUGCAGGAGAAGUACCAGAUGCAGCACCUGCGUUCUGACUCGGUUGGGAGCGACAGCGGCUCCAGCUCUGACAGUGACCUGGAGCUGACUGACAUGGACUCGUACCUUUGCGUCCUGGAGAACGCCAGAGGGGCCCUCCUAGACAGUCCCAACCCACACGGCUUGACGACGCCACCGGGGCCUCUGCUGGUAGUGGACCGGGACGGUCCAUGUGUGUUCCUGCAGGAGGACAGCGUGCAGUACUUCCCCUCAGAGGAUGACCUGCUGCAGAGCCAGAACUUCAUGCAAAGGGACUUUGCUCAGUUCUGUGACUUCCUGUCACCAUGAAGGAGAACCUUCAGGGAGGCAUUAUGACAUCAGCGGUGAGACAGUCAAACCGCAGACUGAAUGUGGUCAGGUUGGUUCUGAUUCAUGCUUAUUGUUAAUGAAAAAUAUUUCCACCUAAAUGAGUCAGAAUCUGUCUGAAGGUUUAAAUGGUUUUACUGGGGUCCAACAGAAACGGACUUUUCUUAAAAGUAUUCUAAGUGUAAUUUGUUUUAAUGGAUCCAGCACUAAGGCGUGGCUGACUUACUGUUGCUUAUUACCGUUUUUAUCAGAAAUAUGUCUUUGUCCUGUGAAUACUUGGCCAUAUGUUUGGUGUCUCUGUGCUGAGACGCCUCUUUCUGUUAUUCUACACAAAAGGAAAAGGGCUGGAUGGUGGGAGUGAACCCAAAAAGCCAAUCAACAUCAAACUGGCCAGAUUAGGCUGCAGAUGAUUGGCCGAUAAGGACUGUGUGAAAGCUCCUGCUAUGUAAUAAAAAUAAAAUGUUUGAAUAAAUAUGUUUCAUGUUA